UUUCAAAUCCAAGUAAAAAUCAUUGAGGCACCCGUUCAUAACAUCACGUGACUCAAUGAACAUCGCGCGUUGACUCACGGGAAAUAAGUUGAAAAAAAUGGCGGAAGCAUUUUGCACGGUGGAAUAUCAGGAAAGCGUCGUGUUAACUCCGAGAAAGAGGAAAAUUCAAAUGCGGUUCUCUUGCCAUCAUGACAUACUUCUAUUAAGAGAAGUAGUGGCGAUAAAUCCGUAUGCAUAUGAAAAUCCGAAAGAUGCUUGGAAAAAUAUAGCGGAAAAUUUACGGACGUUUUAUACCGUCGACAGUAGAAGAUGCCGAGAAAGAACAAGUUUACUUCUACAGUAUUAUGAGAAGAAUAAUCAAGCCAGUUUGCGAAGAUCUGGAACAGAAGAGGAAUUUACAGAACGUAAUCAACUUCUACAAGAAAUAAAAGAGUUAAAAUAUGAGGCUCAGAUAACAUCUGAGAAAUCACAACCACAAGCCAUUGCUGGGCAGCAAGUCAGGGAUGCAGCAAUGACAUCUUUAAGUGUAUCAUCUCCUGAGUUUCCAUCUGAUGAAGAUACCAAUGUCACCAAAAAAGUAAAAAAAACCUUCUUCUCUCAUACUUACAAAGCAAGCAAGACAAAGAGAAUCAGUUGAAACAAGAAGAAUUACAUUUAAAUAAAGAACGACUGAAACUGGAACAAGAAAAAUUAGAU